CAUCGACUCAUCGUCAUUCUGAACAACACGACACAGCGCCACAGAGGGUGGAGAAGAUACGACGUUUCAGAAUUCAGAUGCACGCUGCAGAUACCAGUUUGCUCACCGGCACCAUGCGUAGCGCAUGAUCUAUUUUCAAUCCUGCCUUUGAUCGCCAUUCCUACCAACUCAAUAAUAUAAUAUAUCCCGUCACCAGUUCGAUCGACAUAAUUAACGCGACGUCGUCCAGAUCUCGAUCGGCCGGUGGCCGCCGUGGUCAGUAAGGCAGGCAUGGCAUCCGAGGUAGCCGGCCUCGCCGUGGUCUCGGCCGCCGCGUCCGUGGCCCUGGUCUACGCUCGUCUCGCCACCUCGCGGCUGGCUCCCGGCACCCCCCGCCUCGCGGCGCUGCUCCCGGUGCUCCUACUCCUCCCAGUCCUCCCCUUCGCCUUCUCCUCCAUCCACCUCCGCACCGUCUCCGCCUUCUUCCUCGUCUGGCUCUGCGGCUUCAAGCUCCUCCUCCUCGCCGCGGGGCACGACGGGCCGCUCCACCCCGCCCUCCCGCUCGUGCGCUUCGUCGCGUGCGCCGCGCUGCCCAUCAAGGUCCGGGACGAGAACGACAAGAAGCAGCAAUCACGGAUAUCCCGCUCCUCUCUCCCUUCGGGAUUCCUGCUGUCCUACGCGGCCAAGGCGGCGCUCUUCUCCGCGCUUGUCUCCGUCCGGUGCUACAGGGCGCGGAUGCCCGCGUACGCCGUGCCCGUGUUCGACGGCGCGCACGUGUACCUCAUGCUGGAGCUCUUCCUCGCGUCCGCCGCGGCGCUCGCGCGCGCGCUGCUGGGCGCGGAGCUGGAGCCGCAGUUCGACCGGCCGUACCUCGCUUCCUCCCUGCGCGACUUCUGGGGCCGGCGGUGGAACCUCAUGGUCCCCGGCGUGCUCCGGCCCUGCGUGUACCGCCCCGUGCGCGCCCGCUUCGGCGCCGCCGCGGGCGUGCUCGCGGCGUUCCUCGUGUCCGGGGCCAUGCACGAGGUCAUGUUCUACUACAUCACGCUGGAGGCCGGGACCGGGGAGGUGACCGCGUUCUUCGCGCUGCACGGCGCGUGCGCGGUGGCCGAGCGGUGGAUGGCGCGGCAGGGCGGCAUGUGGCGGCCGCCGCGGCCCGUCGCGACGGCGCUGACGCUGGCGUUCGUGACGGGGACGGGGUCGUGGCUAUUCUUUGCGCCCGUGAUCCGAAGCCGGCUGGACGAGGCCAUCAUCGCAGAGUGCGAGGGGAUGCUUGCGUUCUUGGAGCGCGCUGGCCGGAAUCUAGCCGCGAUGGCACAUUUGAUUUGAACUUCUGUAAGGUAGUACUGAUACAUGUAACGCAACAUGUACCCCUAUUUGGUCGAUGCACUUGUAACACCCUGGUGUAUUUGCCGGCGAGCACCGCUC